AUUCUGGAGAAAAUCAUCAUGUCUGUCCUUUCUGAAAGCCUCUGUCUUCACAAGACAGUCAAGAAGCACUAUCUGUCUCUUGCCAAAGAUGCAGAGUGCCUGGUGACGUACGUUUGGAUUGAUAAAACUGGAGAAAGUGUACUAUCGAAAACCAAGACUCUGAACAAAGAACCGGCUGGAAUCAAAGAUAUCCCAGAGUGGAGUGCUGGCUGGAUGAUAGAUGGGUAUUCAAUCGAAGUCACUUUGGUCCCGGUCAGAAUGUUUCGAGAUCCUUUCACUCUUGACCCUAAUAAACUGGUUCUCUGUGAAGUAUUUGACAGUAGCUAUGAGCCCAUAGGAAGUAAUCAGCAUUCAAAGUGUGCUCAAGUCAUGGAGGAAGUGAAAGAAUUUCAGCCCUGGUUCGGGAUGGAGCAGGAGUACACACUCUUUGGUUUGGAUGGAAAUCCCCUUGGCUGGCCUCCUCAGGGAUACCCAUUUACAAGAGGGUCUUGUGCUGUGGGCAUAAACAAAGUGUAUGGAAGAGACAUUAGUAUCUGUCACUAUAAAGCCUGUCUGUAUGCAGGUGUAAAGAUCUGUGGCACAAAUGCAGAGUCAUUACCCUCCCAGUGGGAGUUUCAGGUUGGCCCGUGUGAGGGGAUUGAAAUGGGGGAUCAUCUGUGGAUGGCCCGUUACAUUCUGCACCAUGUGUGUGAAGACUUUGGGGUUGUUGCCUCCUUGGAUGCUAAACCCAUCAAGGAUCAAAAUGGCACAUCAGGCUGUCACACCAACUUCAGCACCAAGAAGAUGAGGAGCGAAGGGGGACUUCAGUUCAUUAAAGAAGCUAUCAGAAGGCUGGGAAAGCGUCAUUUUCAGCACCUCCGUGUUUAUGAUCCACAUGGUGGCGCUGACAACAUGAGUCGCCUCACCAGUUCUCAAGGCUCAACCUCCAGUUUCAAUGACUUCUCUACAGCCACAGCCUGUCGUAACGUUAGUGUUCGCAUCCCUGGCCAUGUCAGCCAGAAUGGCCACGGGUACUUUGAGGACAGACGUCCUGCUGCCAACUGUGACCCGUACAUGGUGACGAGGGCCUUGGUUGAAACCUGUCUGCUGGGAAGCACUGGAGAGGAUGAUGAUGAUGAUGAUGAGAAGAUAAUGGCACCCUGA